GGUCGGUUCUCUCACCUCCUCUCGCUUACCUCUCUCCCUUCCCAACUCCUCUCUCUUACCUCUCCCUUCCCACGCCCUCUCUCUUACCUCUCCCUUCUUCCUUCUCCUUCCCUACGGCUUGUCUCUCUCUAGCUCGGAGUGGAAGAGAUUGCUCUUUUGCACCUACUGCGUCUCGCUGGGGGGAAGCCAUGGCUAUUGUGGAUGUGAGCGCGAAAACUGUGCGCCACGUGGAGCUCUUUCGAAAGAUCUCGACUGCGCGACGGCUGGACGUAUGGCCGUUUGUGUGUCUUUACCUAUUAUGGAUCGGAUUGGUAUUUCCAUCUUUGGAAACAGCAGAUGGACUCAUUGUGCUUGCGGGCAUCGGAAUGCUGCAUAUUCUCACGAUGCUGUGUACUGUCUGGUCCGUCGACUUUCGAUGCUUCGCGCAUUACCAAAAGGCAAAGGAUUUGAAGACGGCAGAGUUUUGUAAGGUUGUACCUGAAAAGUAUUCAGGCUCAAAGGAAGUUGUACCCCUGCUCCACAGAAAGCUUGCGCAAGUACAAGACAAGAAGGCUGGAGGCGCUGGAAACCUGUUCUUGAGCUCACAGCUAGGAGCAACGGAUGAGGAGGUGCGGUUUGACUUUCGGAAACAGACGUUUGUCUAUUCUCCUGAGGAAGGGGUGUUUGAAAAAGUGGGUUACCCCUCAAAGGAGACCUUUGGGACCUAUAUGAAAUGCACAGGGCAUGCGUCGGAGGCGAGAGCGGAAGUCGCCAAGGAGAAAUGGGGUCCGAACGUGUUCGACUUUCCCCAGCCUACGUUUGGGAAGCUCUUCAAGGAACAGUGCAUGGAGCCCUUCUUUGUUUUCCAGGUUUUCUGUGUUGGGCUAUGGUGUCUGGAUGAGUACUGGUACUACAGUGUGUUCACACUGUUUAUGCUGCUGCUGUUUGAGUCGACGGUUGUCAAGAGCCGCAUUCGGACGCUCAUGGAGCUUCGCCAAGUCGCAGUGGACAAGCAGAGCCUGUUAGUGUAUAGGGGAGGAAAGUGGGUUCGCCUUUCGGGGAUUGCACUUUUGCCGGGAGAUAUUGUGUCACUUGGGCGAACAACUGCUCAGGGAAGUGAGGAAAGGACGGUUCCUGCAGACAUGUUGCUGUUGGCAGGGACUGUGAUUGCGAACGAAGCACUCCUGACUGGCGAGUCAACUCCCCAGUGGAAGGUCCCAGUGACUGGGAGAGAUCCAACAGAGCGCCUAGCUGUAAAACGGGACAAAACUCACGUCUUGUUUGGAGGGACAAAGAUCUUGCAGCACACUCCUGAUAAGCAGACUGCUCAUCUCAAGACUCCUGACAAUGGCUGUGUGGCCAUUGUCCUGCGAACUGGGUUCAAUACCAGCCAAGGGAAGCUGAUGCGUACAAUCCUCUUCUCCACAGAGCGGGUCACAGCGAAUAAUUGGGAGAGCGGGCUCUUUAUCAUGUUCCUUGUCGUGUUUGCACUUAUGGCGGCAGGCUAUGUGUUGAUGAAGGGGCUGGAGGACCCAAAUCGCAGCCGCUACAAGCUCCUUUUGAAUUGCUCGCUCAUUAUCACGUCGGUCAUUCCGCCUGAAUUGCCAAUGGAGCUCUCCAUAGCUGUCAACACGUCACUGAUUGCACUUGCACGCAAGGGAAUAUACUGCACUGAACCGUUCAGGAUUCCCUUUGGAGGAAAGGUGGAUGUCUGCUGCUUUGACAAAACAGGGACACUCACAACUGAUGACAUGGAAUUUCGAGGCGUGGUUGAAGUUGAAACUAAGGAGCUGAUAACAGAGUCUAAGAAGCUGCCGGAGAUGGCAGCGUCCGCUUUGGCAGCUUGCCACUCUCUAGUGUUUGUCGACAACAAACUGGUUGGCGAUCCGUUGGAGAAGGCAGCAAUAAAGGGAGCACAAUGGUGCUACACAUCUGAUGAAAGAGCUUUCCCCAAGGGGCAGCCACGGAAGUCUGUCCAGAUAUUGCAUCGGUUCCAUUUUGCUUCUCAUCUGAAGCGUAUGAGUGUGAUUGUCAGUGUUGACCCAGGUUCGGCGUCUUCUCAGGGGUUUCUGGUACUGGUGAAGGGGGCACCAGAGACCAUUCAGAGCCGGCUGGUAACAUUACCUGCAGGAUAUGUUGAGGCGUACAAACAGUUCACGAGACAAGGAUCGCGUGUUCUUGCACUUGCGUACAAGCACUUGCCUGACAUGCCGAUUGGAGAAUUACGUUCAAUUGAGCGAGAUGAUGCAGAAAGUGGGCUCCAUUUUAGUGGUUUUGCGGUGUUUGCAUGUCCCUUACGGCGCGACUCGGCAUCGACACUACUGGAACUUAAGGAUUCCUCUCACGAGCUGGUGAUGAUCACAGGGGAUCAGGCGUUGACGGCUGUCCACGUGGCAUCACAAGUGCACAUUGUUUCACGACCUGUGCUCGUUCUCACCCUGGGAGAUGAUGGCUCCUUCAGCUGGAUAUCUCCUGAUGAGGCGGUUCAAUUACCAUUCAGAAUCGAAGAGGUCGAGCAGGUGGCAUCUACGUAUGACCUAUGCGUGGCUGGAGAAGGCUUGGCAUGGCUCGCAAGGCAAGAGGCGCUGGAUGUUGUCAUUCCUCGAGUACAGGUGUAUGCGAGGGUUUCACCAGAUCAGAAGGAGAUGAUCCUCACUACACUCAAGGGCUGUGGGCGAGUGACGCUGAUGUGUGGCGAUGGAACAAACGAUGUCGGAGCAUUGAAACAGGCACAUGUAGGCGUGGCGCUCCUGAAUGUGUCCCCGCCGCCUAAGUCGUCAUCCAUCCGCACUUUGGAGACCAGCUCUUCACACAGUCCGACCUCAACCCUCACUGGAGUGGAUGGAAGAAGUGCUCACAGCAGCGGAGGCGUUAUGUUAAAUGACGGAGCGAAUCGGCGGCGGAGAUCCCAGAGCAGCAGUAGCAGAGGAGGAGGCCUGGCAGCUGCAAUUGGUCCUCAAGCAAAUGGUGUGGUUCAACGGUCAGGAAGGAGUUUGGCAGGCAGUCCUGAACUCGGUCAAGUCAUUGGGGGCUCAUCUUCGACGGAUGCCAACGGAGCCGUUGUACCGCUGACUCCUGCGGAGCUCCAGCGGCAGCGCUUGUUGAAGAAGCAAGAGCAACUGAAAGCCAUGAUGGACGAAAUGGAUCAGUUGCCGACAGUCAAGUUGGGCGAUGCGUCAAUGGCUUCCCCCUUCACAGCGAAGCAUGCGUCAGUCCAACCAACAUUGACAAUUAUUAAGCAGGGGCGCUGUACCCUCGUCACGACAAUGCAGAUGUUCAAGAUUUUGGGGUUGAACUGCUUGGCAAUGGCGUACGUGUUGAGUGUCAUGUCUCUGGAUGGUGUAAAAGUCGGCGACAUCCAAGCCAUGAUCAGCGGGUUGUUUACGGCAGCCUUCUUUCUGUUCAUUUCACAUGCAAAACCACUGACAACGCUGUCACCGGAACGACCACAUGCAAAGAUAUUCUCAUGGUAUGUCAUGCUAUCGCUCAUGGGCCAGUUUGCUGUUCAUCUGACUUUUCUGGUCAUGGCGGUCCGCCAAGCGGAGAAGCAUAUGCCUGAAGAAUGCAUCGAUCCAGACUCAGAGUUUACUCCAAAUCUUGUCAACACGGUUUCAUACACAGUCAACAUGAUGAUCCAGUGUGCAACUUUUGCUGUGAACUAUGUGGGACAUCCAUUUAAUCAGAGUGUGGUAGAGAACAAGCCCUUCUUCUAUGCACUGAUUGCGGCAGCUGGGUUCUUCACAGUUCUGACAUCUGACACAGUCAGGAGUUUGAAUGACUCACUGAAGCUUGUGCCAUUGCCGGAAGGUAUGGGUCAUCAGCUGCUGUUGAUGUCAGCCGCCGACUUGGUGGUAACCUACACAAUAGAAAGGUUGGCACGAUGGGCGUUUCCGUCGAGGGUGCCUUCUCUGUCAGCAAGGAGAACAAGAGGGCAUCAGGCAAGCAGCGUGGAGAAGGAAGAUUGACCGUGGGUAUGUUUCUGUUUGACAUCCCUUGUUCUGCAAUUGCAGUACGACGUAUCCAUUCUAUCCCAGAUUCUAUCCCCCAUCCUAUUCGCUGUGUCUGAGUUUCCCUACUGUGCAUUAUCUCCAGUCGCCCACUGCGCGAUGUCUAGCCUCCUUCCCAUGUUAGGCAAGAUCUACAAGUGGUGUGAUCAGGAUGAAAUCAAGGGGCAUGCAGGAAACCAGAGGAGCAGUUUCACGCAUCGGCGGCACAUGCGUAAGGGUUAGACUCGUCUCAAUAGUCCAAGCCAAAGGGGCAUACAGGGGACCAGGAGAGGGGUUUUCAUUCAUUUGCAGCUUCCAGUGGCUUGCCAUCACUGAAGUCCCCCUCAUUCACUUUAUUCCUGCGGCAUGGGAGAGGGUUCGACUCCGCUCAGUAGAGUCGAACCCAGAGGGGCAUGCCGGGAACCAAUAGAGGAGUUUUCGGGGUAACUUUUCGCUGCUUUGCAUCUUCAUCUUCCAUCAAAGCUCCCGUCAUUCGCUUUGCUCCUGCGGCAUGGAAGAGGUAAAUCGAAAAGGAGACAUACCAAAAGCAAAGCCCGGUUGGCACCACGGAUGUCAAAGAAUGAGCUGCUCAAUCCGAAACCGACUACCGACCAUCUGAUGCUUAGUACUCGGUAGGAUCUUCCUCUGGUCAGGGUUGGCUGUCGGCGAGAUGCUGUUCUUGUCGUGGUGCUUAGUGCUCGGCAGGAUUUUCUUCUGGUCGAGUUUGGCUGUCGGCGAGAUGCGCUUCUUGUUAUGGUCUAAGAUCGGCUGCUGCAGGGACGUAAACGUACUUCUUGUCCUCGUCCAGUUUCAGCGCUACUCCUGCUUCUGUCUGGCAGCUUAGGUAGACAUUUCUUGUACUGGCUCCCGGUUUGUUUAACGGACGACAGUAUGGCCCAUGGUAUUCAUAGCAUCUUCUUCUGGUCCAGUUUGGCCAUCAGGAGGACACUCUUCUUGUCCUGGUUAAGUUUCAGUGCUGUGCGCUGAACCAAUUCCGCUGCUCAGGGAGAUGUACUCUGCCUGCUGGUCUAGUUAUAAAGUGCUUCCCCCUGUUGAAGUCCUGCUCCGGCUCCAGCUUAUGGAGAUGUAUUUGCCAUCCCGGUCCCACUUUAACUGCUUGCUGACAAUGGACCUGUGGCCUGGAUUUCGGCUUUUGGCAGGAUAUGCUACCCUACCCAGUCCUAUUCUUCCAGCCCUCUGUUCCAGUUGUCCUAUUUUAUCAGCCCUCUGGUUCAAUCCUGCCCCCAGGUUAACCACUGGCCCUGGUCCAGUUUGACCACUGGUCCUGGUGGCCUGGAUUUCAGCUUUUGGCAGGAUGUUACCUCUGGUCCAGUUCAACGAUCGACCCGGGUUCAAUCCUGCCCCAGGUUAACCACUGGCCACCCUACCCACUGCUUUUCUAUCAGCCCUCUGGUCCAGUUGUCCGAUCGACCCUGGUGCAAUCCUGCCCCAGUGGCCGGGCAGUUGGCGAUCUCAAAAGGAAAAGGGUGCGGAAAAAGUGGCAAGGAGAGCAGACCAAAGGAAAAUGGACCGGUAUUGGGAUGAAGUGGAGAACAGCAGAGGAUCUUGGGAACGGGGCAGGUAUUAAAACAGCACUACCGGUAGCUCCGAGCCUAUUUUUCCUGACGCGGAACGUGGCAAACAAAAGAACCGAUGAGUCAGCGGUCACUUUCAUUCGAAGAACGCGGCGGUGGUAAACCAACUCGUCGUCCUCUCUGCCUUCAGAAAGGUAGUUGUGGUUUAGGUCUUUUAAGUGUGUAUCUGAUCAUCGUGUGUGUCCAGUAGCAUCUACGGGCGCUGAUAAACCGUGUGACCGCACGGGAAGAGGUAAUGUUGGCAGGCAUGUCACGAAAUGCGGGCUCUGAAAAGAUCCAUCCAUGGCAAAUGGUGGGUAGCAGAGAGGAUAAAGGAAAUGAAUGCCCAUCAUUUCGGCGGAGGUCUGUACCACGCUCUUGUCUCGAGUUGUGCUGGUCUUGUCUUUAAGAUUUCGAAAGUGAGCACUUCUCAUCGGUUACGAAGUUGCUGUCGUUGUGGCUUUUUCCCCAUCGAGGGCAGCAGAGGGGGUGCGGAGGGUGGUGUCCGUUGUGACGGCGUUGCCUGAAAAAACUGGAAGGCAAUGUUCUUUGUAAUGUGACCUGCCCAGUUGCCUGGCAUAUCACUUGCAAAGUCGCUGUCUUCGUGGCUUUUGGCCAUUUAGGGCAGCAGAGGGGGUGCGGAGGGUGAUGUGCGUUGUGUGAAAACAUUUAAGGAAAUGUUCGUUGUAGUGUGACCUGUCCAGGUGCCUGGAGGCAGAAGCGGAGAAACAGGAGAGGCGUGUAUGAGCAAACCAUGGCAGCCGAUGAAACCAAGUCCAGAGAUUGUGAUACAGACUGGAGAGAGACAUGUGAGGAGAGACGUGUGAGGAGAGACGUGUGAGGAGAGACGUGUGAGGAGAGAUGUGUGAGGAGAGAUGUGUGAGGCGAGAUGCAGGAAGGAGACGUGAAAAAUGACAGUGGUGGGAAGUGAGAGGAAAAGAUAGGAGAUUGAGGUACAACAGAAUGUGGGUUGCUUUCGUAGACAAGAGAGAUUGGAAGAAGAAGGUUGGUGGAAAAGGAGUUGUGUCACCUAAUUGAAGUUUGUCGGGAGAUCUGCGGUCUCGAAGAGACAUGGGUAGGAAAUGACUAGGAACUUUCAUGCUUGAUCCGGUGUUCUCCCUGGCGUGAUCUUCUUGGCGUGAUCGUCCUAUGCUGUGCAUUCGGGGGGGCAGGAGGAGCGGGGGGGAAGGGCAGGCAAAGCCAAAAUUUGCAAUCUUCAUACAAUU